UCUGCCUAUCGCUGCGUGUCCUGCGGCCAUGGCGCGCACAAAGCAGACGGCGCGGAAGUCGACGGGCGGCAAGGCGCCCCGCAAGCAGCUGGCCACCAAGGCUGCCCGCAAGAGCGCGCCGGCCACGGGCGGCGUCAAGAAGCCGCACCGCUACCGGCCCGGCACGGUGGCGCUGCGCGAGAUCCGGCGCUACCAGAAGUCCACGGAGCUGCUGAUCCGCAAGCUGCCCUUCCAGCGCCUGGUGCGCGAGAUCGCGCAGGACUUCAAGACCGACCUGCGCUUCCAGAGCUCGGCUGUCAUGGCGCUGCAGGAGGCCAGCGAGGCCUACCUGGUGGGGCUCUUUGAGGACACCAACCUCUGCGCCAUCCACGCCAAGCGCGUCACCAUCAUGCCCAAGGACAUCCAGCUGGCCCGCCGCAUCCGCGGAGAGCGCGCUUAAGUCUCCUGCCCUGGGUGCACUCGAUGUAGUCCUGAAUUCUCUCCCACACCCUAAAGGCUCUUUUAAGAGCCACCA